AUGCAAGGUUCCAACAACAUGCAAUACUCGCAUCUUGCACUAAUGAAUGGGGUCACACAAAAUACUCGUUUACAAGCGCCUGGUGCCUCUCGGAACGACUCUGCUCAGCGCGUGCAGUUAGCAACGCGCGCUUUGCACGGUGCAAAUGACGGACUGCAUCCUCGAUACCCGAAUUGUUCACUAUUUCCUCCACUCCUGUAA